CGUUAUUUUCCCGCACCAACGGAGCAAAAUAAACCCCAAUAUUCUGGGGAUUUUUUAUUAUUUUCUUAUUUUAUUUUAUUUUAUUUAGCACCUCUCCCCUGCUCCCAACUUAAAGAAUUCCACCAUGGCGAGUACGGAGGAUAAACAGGCCAGCAAGGCGGACGAGUCCAGCUGGAAGGACUCCUUCUACAACCCGAGGACCGGCGAGGUUCUGGGGCGCACAGCAGGCAGCUGGGCCCUCAUCUUGUUGUUCUACUUGGUCUUCUACUGCUUCCUGGCUGGUAUGUUUGCUCUGACCAUGUGGGUGAUGCUGCUCACUCUGGAUGAGAAUGUGCCCAGGUACAGAGAUCGCGUUCCUUUCCCAGGUUUGGUCGUCCUUCCAAACUCUCUUGACAUCACUUUCAACAAAUCCGAUUCCACCAAGUAUGACACAUAUGUGAAAAGCCUGGAGACCUUCCUGCAAAAGAGUUAUGAUGACACUGAACAGGAGAAGAAUCUAGACUGCCCUGAAGGAGACUAUUUCCUGCAAGAUGACGAACCGGAGAAGAAAGUGUGUCGCUUCAAGAGAGGCUACCUGAGUCUGUGCUCCGGCCUGUCCGACGUCAACUUUGGUUACUCUGAGGGGAGACCAUGCGUGCUCCUGAAACUCAACAGGAUCAUUGGCCUGAAGCCUAUCGGGGAUCCUUACGUCAACUGCACCAUCAAAAAAGAGCAACCAGUCCAGAUGCAGUACUUCCCUCGAAAGGGACGUAUCGACAAGAUGUACUUCCCCUACUAUGGCAAGAAAGCCCAUGUGAAUUAUGUUCAACCACUGGUUGCUGUUAAGCUGCUGCUCACCAAGGAGGACUACAACAAGGAGCUGUCGGUGGAGUGCCGGGUAGAGGGCUCUAACCUGCGCAAUAACGACGAGAGGGAUAAGUUCCUGGGUCGUGUCACUUUCAGGAUCAAGGUGAUUGAGUAAAAAGGGAGGGGAAAUUGCUGGUCAAAAGGAUCCCCCCCCCCCUCCCCUCGUAUACCCCCUCCCAAUGCAGAGGCUGCCCACAUUCGCUAAGGAAGGAAGUGUCAAAUCCCUCUCAAGACAACAUUCGGGAUGAGGCAGAUUAGUCUGGUUGGUAGUAGGAAAUGCGGUUAGGAAUGUUGCGUUGAUGGCAUUGAUGACCCUUCUUUCCUUCAAGAUUCCUUGCUGACCUCCGCAAACAAUCCCAAGAGAACAAGACACAGGCUCCCUCCUCCCCUUCCCUUGUUUUGGUUUCAUUUUGGUGCGAUUAGCUGACUAAUAGCCAACGAAAGCAAGCCAUUUGGAGCUGUCGUGUUAUUGCUGAUGCAACUUUUUUCAUAUUGUGGGUGUCAAACUCAUUUUUGUCACGGGGCUACAUCGUAGUUGUGGUUUCACGCGGAAAGACAUUACGGUCUGUAAAAUUACAUUUUUUUUUUUUACAAGAAACUCCUUGCAAAUAUGUUAAUCACCUGUAAAGCAUUUUUAUUUCAUUCUGAAAUUUCACCCAAAAUUAAAUAUCCCAAACAGGUUGUUGACUUUUAUUAUCUGUUGAAAUUGAAGAAAAAUUCCAACUUUGGUCCAAAUUUUCUUCCACAAUUAAAACAAAUCCAUUUGUUAAGAAAAAUGAGCUAGACAAACUUUGAGUUUGACACCUGUGGUGUAGGCCUUCCUUCAUCCUGGGAAGAGAUCGAUCGGUCUUGUUUUCAUGCCCCCAUAGCCAUACAACACACAAAUAAUUACAUUGUAA